ACAGCAUUCCUCCUUGUGCUCUGCCCACCAUGUCAAUAUUCGAUGUCGACAGACAGCUAACUUUCUACGGUGCCUACCACUCAAACCACGUCAAUGUUCUUAUCCACAUUGUCUGUGUUCCUUUGAUUUUAUGGUCCGCCCAAGUUCUCUCGACCGACCUUCCAACCACUUUCCUACCCAAAGUUCAUUACGACAUCAACGAAUAUCUCGCUUUUGACCUCAACAUCCCCGCUCUUGUCACUGCUUUCUAUAUCGUGUAUUAUCUUAUCUUGGAGCCAUUUGCUGCUUUGCUCUACCUGCCCCAACUAACGCUCUCCCUCCUCACAGCAACUGCAUUCGCCUACAGACCCGAUCAUCUUUUUAUCGGUGGAAUGAUUCAUGCUGUAUGUUGGAUUGCCCAAUUCAUUGGGCACGGUGUCGCCGAAAGACGAGCUCCUGCUUUGCUUGAUAACUUGUUGGGUGCCGUCGUCCUCGCACCCUUCUUCGUGCACUUGGAGCUGUUAUUCGCUAUCGGCUACCGACCUGACAUGCACAAGCGGAUUGACAACGAGAUUGGCAAGGAGAUUGCUAGGAUCAAGAAGAACGAGGGUGAUAAGCGGAGGGCUAAGCGGUCUUGAUUUCCAUCGGACACUCUGUCAAGUUGAGCGGAAUUUGUAGGCUAUGUAUAAGGAUACGACGCGGAUCUGAAAUGUUCGAAAUGCUGUGUGGUGUUCAGUCGAUUCACAAAAUAGAUAAGGAUACUCGAUUCCUUAGUUAAUUGCCACGCCGGUCAACUUCAGUGGAUUUAUUCCCUCAAUUUAGUAUUCUAUCUCACAAAUGACA